AACAUUAUUGGUCAAACAACGUCAGUUGCAUUCUGGGAACUGAAGUUCCUGUGACCCGGAUAUGUCGACACAAGAUAACGAAACUAACGUCUUACGUUGUGCUCUGAUCUGAACCUCCUUGGAACUGAACUAUUUCACAAAGCAAACUUUACCACGUUGUGACAGCCUCUAGGCGUGUGCAAUAGGCCUUCGGGUCAUCUCCGAACACCAACUAUAUAGUCCUAUCUUUAACCAUCAGUUUGCACACUCUUCUUUCAGCCACCCUCUGUAUCCAAGAGGUGAGGACAGCGUCAGCUCCCUACCUACGAGCAAACUGAGAUGGGACGGACAUCUAAGGAUAAACGGGAUGUCUACUACCGCCUGGCCAAGGAGAAGGGCUGGCGGGCCCGAAGUGCUUUCAAGCUACUUCAACUUGAUGAGGAAUUCCAACUCUUCAAAGGUGUGAAGCGAGCAGUUGACUUGUGUGCAGCCCCAGGCAGCUGGAGCCAGGUGCUGAGCCAGAAGGUUGGGGGCCACAGUUCUGGUCAGGUGGUGGCUGUGGACUUGCAGGCUAUGGCUCCACUCCCAGGUGUGAUACAGAUACAGGGUGACAUCACUCAGCUCUCCACUGCCAAGGAGAUCAUCCAGCACUUUGAGGGCUGCCCUGCCGACCUAGUAGUGUGUGACGGGGCUCCUGAUGUCACUGGCCUCCAUGAUGUAGAUGAGUACAUGCAGGCCCAGCUUCUGCUUGCCGCUCUUAACAUUGCUACUCAUGUCUUGAAGCCAGGGGGCUGCUUUGUGGCCAAGAUAUUCCGAGGCCGGGAUGUGACCCUGCUCUGCAGCCAACUACGCAUCUUCUUCUCCAGUGUGCUGUGUGCUAAGCCUAAGAGUAGCCGGAACUCCAGCAUUGAGGCCUUUGCUGUGUGUCAGGGUUAUGACCCUCCUGAGGGCUUCAUUCCAGAUCUGACCAGACCCCUGAUGAACCACUCAUACGAGACAGAUUUCAAGCAGCUGCAUGGUCCCGCCCGUGUUAUUGUGCCCUUCGUGACCUGUGGGGACCUCAGCGCCUACGAUUCGGACCGUACUUACUCUCUGGAUCUAGACAAUGGCUCUGAGUACAAAUAUACUCCACCCACACAGCCCCCCAUUGCACCUCCAUACCAGGAAGCCUGCAGGUUGAAGAAGAAUGGACAGCUAGCCAAGGAAUUCCUCCCCCAGGAAUGCUCCAUUGACAGAGUAGACAAGUUGCCUCAGCCUCUGGCUAUCCAUACCCUGCCAGCCCCCAAGGUGGAAGACAAUGAAAUUAAUUGUUCAUCUUAACACAUUAAGAAUGGCUCCCGCAAAGAAGGGUGGCGAGAAGAAGGGCCGUUCUGCCAUUAACGAGGUGGUGACCCGAGAAUACACCAUCAGCAUUCACAAGCGCAUCCAUGGAGUGACUUCAAGAAGCGUGCUCCUUGGGCGCUCAAAGAAAUUCGGAAAUUUCCCAAGAAGGAGAUGGGGACUCCAGAUGUGCGCAUAGACACCAGGCUCAAUAAAGCCGUCUGGGCCAAAGGAAUAAGGAAUGUUCCGUACCACAUCCGAGUAUGUUUGUCCAGAAAGCGUAAUGAGGAUGAGGAUUCACCAAACAAGCUCUACACACUGGUAACUUACAUGCCUGUUACCACAUUCAAAAAUCUACAGACGGUCAAUGUGGAUGAGAACUAACUGCUGAAUGUCAAAUAAAGUUACAGAACUGC